AUGCGGUUCCAGAGCCGAUUCCAGCGGUUCAUGAACCACCGGGCCCCCGCCAAUGGCCGCUACAAGCCAACUUGUUAUGAACAUGCUGCUAAUUGUUACACACAUGCGUUCCUCAUUGUUCCGGCCAUUGUGGGCAGCGCCCUCCUUCACCGGCUCUCUGAUGACUGCUGGGAAAAGAUAACAGCUUGGAUUUAUGGAAUGGGCCUCUGCGCCCUCUUCAUUGUUUCCACAGUAUUCCACAUCGUAGCAUGGAAAAAGAGCCACUUAAGGACGGUGGAGCAUUGCUUUCACAUGUGCGACAGGAUGGUCAUCUAUUUCUUCAUUGCUGCGUCCUACGCGCCGUGGUUAAAUCUCCGUGAACUUGGACCCCUGGCAUCUCAUAUGCGUUGGUUUAUCUGGCUCAUGGCAGCUGGAGGAACCAUUUAUGUAUUUCUCUACCAUGAAAAGUAUAAGGUGAUUGAGCUCUUUUUCUAUCUCACAAUGGGCUUUUCUCCUGCCUUGGUGGUAACAUCAAUGAACAACACGGAUGGACUUCAUGAACUUGCUUGCGGGGGCUUAAUUUAUUGCCUGGGAGUUGUUUUCUUCAAGAGCGAUGGCAUCAUUCCAUUUGCCCAUGCCAUCUGGCACCUGUUCGUGGCCACGGCAGCUGCAGUACAUUACUAUGCCAUUUGGAAAUACCUUUACCGAAGUCCUACAGACUUUAUGCGACAUUUAUGA